AUGACCACCUGGAUCAUGAAGUCCAAGGAAGAUGUACUGAAGUUUGCAGAGGAGUGGCGAGAUGCGCAAACGAAGACUCGACAGGCAGCCAUAUUUCGCAAAACUGGUGUACGGUGGUCAGAACUCCUACGGCUUCCGUAUUGGGACCCAACUCGCGGCGUGAUCGUUGAUUCUAUGCAUAACCUAUUUCUAGGUCUAGUGCAAUACCACGUUCACACCAUUAUCGGUAUGGAUAUCCUCAUUGCAGAGAAAACCAUGCACGAUGCGGAGGAAGCUGAUUCAGUGGGUGAGGACGAGACUGACGAUGUCGUGAUCAUUCAGGAGGCAGCGAAGAUAGAAAAGAUGCUAACCACCAAUCCCACUGUGAAGAAGCUCCAACGCAAGCCAAAACAGGCCUUACGAUUGGUUUGUCACAUGCGAGGUAUUGAACAGGUAUCCUGGGGUGGUACCAAAAGGCUGAAAGAGAAGGUCGUGGUAGAAGUGUUGAUGGAAAGUGUUCAUUCUGCAACGUCGUUGCUGGCAAUGUCCACGAGUGCGCCAAACAAAAGUCAGCCUAUGAGUGAUGUUGUGGUGGGACAAGAGUUGGUAGAUGAACUCGCAGUAGCUCUCGCUCGAACUGAAAGUGUGGUCGACGAUAGCACUCGGAGGAAAGAUGCAGAAUUCUGUCAGCGAGACUUACGGAAUUUGCAAGAUGACAUUGCAUUGACUGUUUGUCCUAUGUAUUCAAGUGGUCCUCCCCGUAAUAUCGGGACGAAGGCACGUGGGAAGCUCAAAGCCGACCAUUGGAAGGCAGCAAUAGAGUUUGAGAUACCUGUGUCAUUCAUGAAGCGAUGGUGUCAUCCGUCGACCACUGCCGCCGACCACGACAAUCCGCGCCAGGCUUUGGCUUGCACUACCAUGUUGCUUGCUUGUGCCGUUGGGCAAGUGACAUCUUAUCCCAUCUUGCAAGAGCAUAAGGACAAGUACACUGCAUAUAUGUCAAGCUACCUAUCCGAGAUACGAAGGUUGUGUCCCGACCGAUCCUUGUGA